CACAUCCACCUUCCAUACAAAUUGAAACCAUAAUCAUGAGGGAAACAUUCCAUGCUAUGCUUGUUCUAGUGGCUGUAUUGUUCUUUGGAGCUGCAGAGUUUUGUUCCGGUCGGAACACAAGCUUAAGCUGUAUAGAGGGGGAGAGAGAAGCCCUCUUGAAGUUCAAACUUUGUUUCAAUGAUUUAUCUGAUAUUUUGUCUUCUUGGAAAGGCAAUGACUGUUGUGAAUGGAGAGGAGUAGGCUGUGAUAAAAAUAGCGGACAUGUUGUCUCACUUCAACUCAGGGGAUCCAGAUCUAAUCGAUCUCAGUUGCACUUGAUUGAUGAUGUAGAGGAGGUUGUUUCAGGUUUGCUCAAGCUGAGAUGCUUGGAAUACUUGGACUUGAGCGGAAAUAACCUCAACAGCAGUGUUAUUCCGCCCUUCUUUGGUUUGAUGAAGCAGCUAAGCUACCUAAAUCUCUCUUCUGUGAACUUCAAAGGAAGAAUUCCUAAUGAACUCGGAAAUCUUACGAGGCUUCGUGUACUUGAUCUUUCCGACAAAUUUUAUAGGAGAUUGAAGGUUGAUGAUGUUCAGUGGAUUUCUCAUCUCUCCUCUUUGCAACAACUUGAUAUGAGUGGAGUAAAUCUAAGCCAUGCCUCAUCAAACUUGUUCCAGAGUAAAUCUAAGCCAUGCCUCAUCAAACUUGUUCUAGGUACUUGGCAUGCUUCCUUCACUAACAUGGUUAAGUCUGUUAAGCUUGGGAGCAUUCCAGAUAGCAUCGGAAAACUUUCUAAGUUAGAGAGUAUAGAUCUCUCUAACAAUCAACUGAGUGGGAGUAUUCCAGAUAGCAUCAAGCAACUUUCUAAGUUAAAGAGCAUAGAUCUCUUUAGCAAUCAACUGAGUGGGAGUAUUCCAAAUAGCAUCAAGCAAAUUUCUAAGUUAAAGAGCAUAGAUCUCUCUGACAAUCAAUUGAGUGGGAGUAUUCCAGAUAGCAUCAGGCAACUUUCUAAGUUAGAGAGCAUAGAUCUCUCUCGCAAUCAACUUAGUGGGAGUAUUCCAGAUAGCAUUUGGCAGCUUUUUAAGUUAGAGAGCAUAAAUCUUGCUGGCAAUCAAUUGAGUGGGAGUAUUGCAGAUAGCAUCAUGCAGCUUUCUAAGUUAGAGCGGUUACUACUUCCCGGCAAUCAAUUGAAUGGGAGUAUUCCAUACAGCAUUGGGCAGCUUUCCAAGUUAAAGUGUUUAUAUCUUGUUGGAAAUCAAUUGAGUGGGAGUAUUCCAGAUAGCAUUGGACAACUUUCUAAGUUACAGAAGCUAUCUCUUGAUAGCAAUCAAUUGAGUGGGAGUAUUCCAGAUAGCAUUGGGCAGCUUUCAAAGUUAAUGUCUUUAUCUCUUUCUAGCAAUCAAUUAAGUGGGAGGAUUCCAUAUAGCAUUGGGAAGCUUUCUAAGUUAAAGUGGUUAGAUCUUUCUAAAAAUCAGUUGAGUGGGAGUAUUCCAGAUAGCAUUGGGCAACUAUCUAAGUUAAAGAGGAUAUUUCUUUCAAGCAAUCAAUUGAGUGGGGGUCUUCCAUAUAGCAUCAGGCAGCUUUCCAAGUUAAAGACUAUAUAUCUUUCUAGCAAUCGAUUGAGUGGGAGUAUUCCAGAUAAUAUCGGGCAACUAGCUGAGUUAGAGAGCAUAGAUCUUUCUAGUAAUCAAUUGGGAAUAGGAUUUCCCAAAUGGCUUUUAUUGCAAAAUACAACAACCAUGGUUGAUCUCUCUAAUGCUAGCAUCUCAGAUAACAAUUUGACAGGAAGGAUUCCUCCUUGUUUUGGAAAGUUUCCAAUUAUGGUGAAUGCAACACAAUUGUUGAAACGCAUUACUGAUGGUUAUUGGUCUUGGGUGCAUUUGAAGGAAGUUGUGAAAGGGAGAUACCUUGAGUAUACAAGAAAAACCCUGGGACUCCAGAGCAAUAUAGAUCUUUCGAGUAACAAUCUAAUAGGAUCUAUACCAGAGGAGCUAAUUUUCCUUAAGGAUUUACACAUUUUGAAUCUAUCUUGGAAUCAUCUCUCAGGAAAGAUUCCUGAGAAAAUUGGACAAAUGGAGAAUUUGGAAUCUCUUGAUUUCUCCAAAAAUGGCCUCUCAGGAACAAUCCCAAAGAGUAUGUCAAGUUUAACCAAGUUAAGCCACCUCAACUUGUCCUACAACAACUUGUCAGGGCCAAUUCCAACGGGUUAUCAGCUCCAAACACUCGAAGAUCCAACCAUUUACAUUGGUAAUCCUCAACUUUGUGGAGCUCCACUCCUGAAGAAAUGCUCAAAUGAUGUGCUACCUCCACCAACUGACAACUUCAAGGACAAUGAUGAAGGUGCACUUACAAGAAUGUGGUUUUACAUCAUCGUGAUGUUAGGCUUUGCAACUGGAUUUUGGGGAGUCGUGGGAAUUUUGAUUUUUGUAAAAACUUGGAGAUAUGCUUAUUUUCGAUGGGUGGAUGAUAUCGGACAUUGGAUCCUUGUGGUUAUAACAUUGAAGGUGGUAAGAUUUAAGAAGAUGUUCAAUGGCAACCCAAAUGAUCAAUGAGUAAUAUAUGAAGUAUGUUGUUGUUGCUACAUUUAUUACUAAACUAGUUUCAUAACCCAGCAUUGCAGGGUAUGGUGUCAAGUCCAACUUUGAAUGGCCAAACAUUGCAUCGGCUAAUUUUAAAUGAACACAUAAGUAUUGGGGUGUGUAAAGUUUUCAAUAAUAUAACAUAUGCUAUAGU